UGGUUUUGCUGAAAGCAUUUAGUCAGAUGACAUGGAAUGACUCAACAUAUGUUGAUAGAGUGCUCAAAAAGCCUAAAAUAUAUUGAUCUGAAAUAUGUUCCAAAGUUAUACAUUUAAAAACAAACAAACAAACAAAAAAAAAAAACUCAUUGUGACAAAUUCAAAUGAAUACUACUUUAUUUUUAACUUUAAGCCUGCUGGUAACUUUUGUUGGACACUAUGUAAAAUACAGAAUUGUAAUUUUCAUAGUGGUUGGAUUUGUUUUUUACUCUUUAUCCAUGUAAUUGGAUAUUGGUAAAGGACUAAGAGUAGCAAAGGUAGCUUUGUGCAUUUAUUUGAACUUUGAACAUGCAGAUUUAAGACAACAAAAGAGUGAUGGCAGAUGCUGCACUCCAGUUUUAUUGUACUGCCAUGAUCAGUUUGGAAUAGAGAGAGCAAUGUGACGUUCAUAGGAACACAAAUUAACCAUUGACUGGAAAGGUGUAGUGGCUGAAGCUUUAGACUGGGUGAGUUCUGGAUAUUGUUCAAGAUAAAAGCUGUGAGGUUAAUAACAGAGACACAUUUCAUAGUAAUGUUGCCUUUAAAUCUGCUAAUGCUGCCUGUACUGAUCUCCUCUUGGUAUAAGAGUACUUUUGAAUUAGUCAAGAAAUGCUACUGAAGCAGUGAAGUGAUCUCGUUCAGCGCUUUCUAAGUGCAGUCCUGUAUAUCGAGUCUUACACUAUGAAUUGACAUGCUGCUGUUUUCUGUCACAUUUGGACACUGCAUGUAUUUUAGGACUUGAGCACAGUUUUGUUUUUGUGUUUGGUUUUUUUGGGAGCAUAUUUAACAACAAAAAACUGGGCCGAUUGCUGCAGCUUUCUCACAUACACAAAUUCUUCUUCAUGUGUGGAGCACAAUUUUUUUUCCUUGUCGUGUUGAAGCUCGUAGUCUUGGUCCUCAAAUCACCAUGGUGAAUGCCCUACACCCAUCACAAUGUUCUUAGUAUUGAAUGAAUUUCCUCCUGUGAUAGCUGUUUCCACUGCGAGCAAGGCAAUCCCACUGGAGAACCCCCCAGAAACCUCUGCUCAAGCUAAAGAGAGAGCCUCUGCAGAAGAAGCUCGCAGUCAGGCUACAUGUGACCAAGCAAAUGGUGUAGCUGCAAACCAAGAGGUGACCAGGGAAAUGGAAGCAAGUGGGUUGAACCCAAUACCUUUGUCACAGCAAGGGCUCACUGCUGAAGUAGCAGGAGCUUCAGCUGGUUUGGCACCUCUCAGUGAGUCUUUGCAAUCUGCUGAUGCUGUGAGUGUUUCUUCAGAGUUGCAUAUUUGUGAAGGAGCAGUUACUGCUGGAGAGGAAAGUCAGUUCUUCAUUUCAGCCGAAGAAUUGACCACCCAAGAGGUUAUGCUGACUUCUGAAGAACAGUCAGGAGUACCUGGAGGAAAAACCUCAGCUGAUCCAAAGCUUUGUACUUCUGAAGAUGGGAAGGCCAGAGAUGACGCGGAGACUGUGGUAGAAGGUUUAAAGAAUAUGUGCUUGGAUGCAGCUCAAGAUGGAGUAGAUGCUGGUGAUGUGAACGUCACCAUGGAUACUCAAAAUGAAAAUGUUGACAAGACGGAGCCUGUAAUACUUCUGUCCGAGGUCAUUCAGUCAAAGGAUGCCGCUAAAUCUGAAGCCCAACCUGUUUCCACCCGCCACCUUUCAGGUUGGUUUGUUCUGUGAAACCGGAAUCACAUUAAACACCUCGUGUUUAUUUAUGAUUUAUUUGGUCCCCACCUUUUCAAUACAUCUUGUUUCAAUACAUCUUGUUGGCUUGUUUCUAUUCAGCAUGUGGUCAUGAUGACAUUUAACACUAAGGUGCCAAGUAGCUUGAGGCUGCUGGCUUUUUGUAAGGGAGAGUUUGAAUUUUCUGGAAGUAUAUCAUAAUUGACAUAAAGUGUAGUUAAUCUUUGACUUGUUUUGAUGCAGUGUACUGUCCUUUUUUACCAUCCUUUUUAUGGCUUUUUACAGAUUUGUUUGCCUAAAGUGUAGUUUUUAAAAAAUUAUGGUAAAUCUAAUGCAUAAUUAUGACCCAUUUCAAUAAAAAAUUGGAUUUAAUUGGAUUGGGUUAGUUUGUUUUGCCUGGUGUUUGCUUUUACUGGAUGUACCAGUUCAUUGGUGCUGUGUUUGUGUUGCGUGAUUUCGUAAAAUGUGCGUCUACACUAAAUAUAGUUUUUCAGUGUGGAAGUAAAAAGUGUCUUGUACAUUUUGAGUGGCUGUUUGCAUCCAACUCAAGGGAGGUAUGUUUUUUUUCCUAACCCUAAGCCAGAAGAUUGGGUCUUGAUUUGACCAUUUAACCCGCAUGAGAAAGACUUCCAAUAUCAAAACAAAAGAAAAACUUGAAUCUUUUUUUGUUCAGCUACACCUCCUGCCCCAGCUUCCUCCCAGCAACCUGAGGCAGCUUCAGGCCCUGCUAAGCCUAAAGGCAAAAAUGCCAAGAGUGCACAGGGUGCCUCUGCCCCAAAGGCUGUCCCCGGCAGAAGAAAGCGUUCCUCUAUGUCUGCCUCUUCCUCCUCUCCUACCUCGCCAAAAUCAACUCCCUCCUCUACUCCGUUGUCACCUUUGCCAUCUCCCCUUGCUGCCUCACCUGGCAGCUCCUCUGCUAAUCAGGGUAACCGUUCGGGCCCAAAAGUUGUCAAGGCUGGCAAACAGGGUAAGGCUAAAAAGGGAGAGGCAUUUGUGCCUGCUCCUGUCCUCGAGUGCAAGGCCACAGGAGUUGAUGAAAAGCCAACAGAGCCUAGCCUCAAGCAUAAUGUAGUUGAUGAUGCUAAACCUGCCCUGAGUGAGACAAAAACCCCAUCACCAGGUGCGACAAAGGCUGAUGCAGUGCCACCUGCUUUUAAAGUUACCUCAAAACCUGCUGUUGCAGCACCAGUAUCAUUUUCAGAUACUAUUGCCUCUAGUCCUCCUAAGUCAGUUGAUGUUAAAGCAACCUCAUCGAAAAAUGCUCCACUUAUUGCAUCUGUUGACGAUGAGCUCCCUCCCCUUAUCCCACCUGAGAAGCCAGUUAAAAUGCCAGCUUGUGCAUCUCCUGUUGAGAAACAAGGUGCAAAGCCUGCUACAUCUCCUAAGCCUAAUGCUGAGAGCUGCAGUUCUGCUCCUGUAGAGGCUACAAAGACACCAGUUAAACAAAAGGCGGACAAGCCAAAGCCUGUUAAGGUUACUGAAGCAGCAGCCCCAGUAAAAUCAGCUCCCACUGAAGUAGCUAAGGUGUCUUCUGAAGUAUCAGCUGUAGCUGAUAAUGGUGCUAAACCAGCUCCUGUCAAAGCUCCUAAAGCAGGUUCCAAGACUAAACCAGCAAACCCUGGCAAAGUUGAGGAGGUUGUGGUGGAAACCCCAAGCAAGCCUGCUCCUGGGGCUAAAACUGCUUCUGCUGAGUCUGCUGACAAAGCUCCUAAUAAAACUAAACCACCUGCCAAGGAAAAACCUGCUCCUGCAGAAACUAAGCCAGUAGCUGAGGCCAAACUUGUGCCUACUGAGACCGCUAAGCAGACAGCUGAGGCCAAACCUGCUCCCAUAGAGGCCAGUAAGCCAGCAACUGUGGACAAAGCCCCAAAUGUAGCUAAACCACCUGCGAAGGCCAAACCAACUCCCCCAGAGACUGCGAAGGCAGCGGCCGAAGCCAAACCGGCUCCCCCAGAGACUGCGAAGGCAGCGGCCGAGGCCAAACCGGCUCCCCCAGAGACUGCGAAGGCAGCGGCCGAGGCCAAACCGGCUCCCCCAGAGACUGCGAAGGCAGCGGCCGAGGCCAAACCGGCUCCCCCAGAGACUGCGAAGGCAGCGGCCGAGGCCAAACCGGCUCCCCCAGAGACUGCGAAGGCAGCGGCCGAGGCCAAACCGGCUCCCCCAGAGACUGCGAAGGCAGCGGCCGAGGCCAAACCGGCUCCCCCAGAGACUGCGAAGGCAGCGGCCGAGGCCAAACCGGCUCCCCCAGAGACUGCUAAGCCAGCGGCCGAAGCCAAACCUGCUCCUUCAGAGACUGUUAAGCCACUUAUUGAAGCCAACUCUACAACCACUGAGGCCACUAAGGCAGCCAAAUGUGCCUCCAAGAAGACACCUAAGCCAGUGGCUGAGGCCAAAUCUGUCCCCAACAAGGUCCCUAAACAAGCUGAAGAGAUUAAAACUGCAGCUCCUAAGGCUGCAAAGCCAGAUGCAGAGGUCAAGUCUGCCCCUGCUGAUGUUAACAUGAUAGCUGCAGCACCUAAGCCAGCUGAAGAUGUCAAGCCAGCCAAAGUGGUGGAUGUUAGUGCAGCACCAGCUGAGGUUGCUAAACCUGUAAAACCAGUUGCAGACCCUUCACCUGCUCCCUUAAAGCCCACUCCAGUUGAGCCUGCUGUUCCUAACCCAGCUCCCCGUAAACUCACGUUUGCUGAGGCAGUUGCAAAACCUGCCCCUGUUAAACCUGAGGUUGAGUUAAUUACUUCAACUCCUCCUCAACCUGUCUCGCCACCUAAACCUGCCCCCACACCUGCUAAAACCCCAGCCAAGACGGAGCCUGUGAACGACAAGAACGACAAUGGUAUUUCCUCCUUUCUCUCCUCUUGUGCCGUCUGUUUGUUUUGGGGGUUUUUUCCCCACCUGUUAGCGUUCUGAAAGAUGUUCAGAUGCUUAAAUAUGCCUUUCUCUUACAAAGGUUAGCUUGCGAAAUAAAAAUUAGGUUUGCUUUAGAUGCUAAAAUAUAAGAUAUUAUUAGAUUUUGGAAAGUGUACUCCUGGUUUUGGAAUGCAUUAGUUCUGUUGGGUACUGUUUGUUUAAAAUGUAGUGCAGGUCAGGGCUGGUAUUGUCAUGUGUUGUCUAAUCAAGUUUGGAAAUGGCAUUUUUGGCUGGAAAGAGAUUAUGUUCUCAACAAAGUCCUGAGGAAAAUUACUAUAAUGGUAAUAAGAUGACAGAAAAUGUGCUGUUUUGAAUCAAAGUACUUUGUUCCACAAUAUUGGUGCAGCUUACCUUCAGAUUAACUUUCAGGUGUACACAUGUAACCUAAGUGGCACAUUGUGACAGUUUCUCUGUUGGUCU